GCGGGUCGGGUGGGGGCGGGGGCCUGCGGGCCGGGCCGGGCCGCCGCGUCGGGGACGGAGGGACAGAGGCACCGCGCCGCGCCGAGCCCGCGGCCCCCGCGCCCGCGCCGCCAUGCCCCUGGCCUUCUGCGGCAGCGAGAACCAUUCGGCCGCCUACCGGGUGGACCAGGGCGUCCUCAACAACGGCUGCUUCGUGGACGCGCUCAACGUGGUGCCGCACGUCUUCCUGCUCUUCAUCACCUUCCCCAUCCUCUUCAUCGGAUGGGGCAGUCAGAGCUCCAAAGUGCACAUCCACCACAGCACCUGGCUCCACUUCCCCGGGCACAACCUCCGCUGGAUCCUCACCUUCAUCCUGCUCUUCGUCCUGGUGUGUGAGAUCUCGGAGGGCAUCCUGUCUGAUGGGGUCACCGAAUCCCGCCAUCUCCACCUGUAUAUGCCAGCGGGGAUGGCGUUCCUGGCGGCUGUCACCUCCGUGGUCUACUAUCACAACAUCGAGACCUCCAACUUCCCCAAGCUGCUGAUCGCCCUGCUUGUCUACUGGACUCUGGCCUUCAUCACCAAGACCAUCAAGUUUGUCAAGUUCUACGACCAUGCCAUCGGCUUCUCCCAGCUGCGCUUCUGCCUCACGGGGCUGCUGGUGCUCCUCUACGGGAUGCUGCUUCUGGUGGAGCUCAAUGUCAUCAGGGUGCGGAGAUACAUCUUCUUCAAGAACCCGAGGGAGGUGAAGCCCCCUGAAGACCUGCAGGACCUGGGGGUGCGCUUCCUGCAGCCCUUUGUGAACCUGCUGUCUAAAGGCACCUACUGGUGGAUGAACGCUUUCAUCAAGACGGCGCACCGGAAGCCCAUCGACCUCCGCGCCAUCGGGAAGCUGCCCAUCGCCAUGCGGGCCCUCACCAACUACCGGCGGCUCUGCGAGGCCUUCGAUGCUCAGGAGCGGAAGGACUCGCAGAGCCUGCAGGGUGCCCGGGCCAUCUGGCGGGCGCUGUGCCAUGCCUUUGGGAGACGCCUGGUCCUCAGCAGCACUUUCCGCAUCCUGGCCGACCUGCUGGGCUUCGCCGGGCCCCUGUGCAUCUUCGGGAUCGUGGACCACUUGGGGAAGGAGAACCACGUCUUCCAGCCACAGACACAGUUCCUGGGGGUCUACUUUGUCUCCUCCCAAGAGUUCCUGGCCAACGCCUAUGUCUUAGCCGUGCUGCUCUUCCUUGCCCUCCUCCUGCAAAGGACAUUUCUGCAGGCGUCCUACUACGUGGCCAUUGAAACGGGAAUUAACUUGAGAGGAGCCAUACAGACCAAGAUUUAUAAUAAAAUUAUGCAUUUGUCCACCUCCAACCUAUCCAUGGGCGAGAUGACCGCCGGACAGAUCUGUAACCUGGUUGCCAUCGACACCAACCAGCUCAUGUGGUUUUUCUUUCUGUGCCCAAACCUCUGGGCUAUGCCAGUCCAGAUCAUCGUGGGCGUGAUUCUUCUCUACUACAUCCUCGGAGUCAGUGCCUUAAUUGGAGCGGCGGUCAUCAUCCUGCUGGCCCCUGUCCAGUACUUUGUGGCCACCAAGCUCUCCCAGGCCCAGCGGAGCACACUGGAAUAUUCCAACGAGAGGCUGAAGCAAACCAACGAGAUGCUCCGUGGCAUCAAACUGCUCAAGCUGUACGCCUGGGAAAAUAUCUUCUGCACCAGGGUGGAGAGGACACGUAAGAAGGAGAUGACCAGUCUCAGGGCCUUCGCUGUCUACACGUCCAUCUCCAUCUUCAUGAACACCGCCAUCCCCAUUGCUGCCGUCCUCAUCACUUUUGUGGGCCACGUCAACUUCUUCAAAGGCACCGGCUUCUCCCCCUCAGUGGCCUUCGCCUCCCUCUCCCUCUUCCACAUCCUGGUCACGCCGCUGUUCCUGCUGUCCAGUGUGGUCCGGUCCACAGUCAAAGCUCUUGUCAGCGUGCAGAAGCUCAGUGAGUUCCUGGCCAGCGCUGAGACCCGUGAGGAACAGUGUGCACCCCGGGAGCCCCCGCCCCAGCGCCAGUCCUGCAAGUACCAGGCGGUGCCCCUCAAGGUGGUGAAUCGGAAGCGUCCAGCGCGGGAGGAUUGCCAGGGCCUCCCGCAGAGCCUGGCCCCCGAUGUGGACGGGGAUGCUGACAACUGCUGUGUCCAGAUCAUUGGAGGCUUCUUCACCUGGACCCCCGAUGGAAUCCCCACCCUGUCCAACAUCACCAUCCGGAUUCCCCGAGGCCAGCUGACCAUGAUCGUGGGACAGGUGGGCUGUGGCAAAUCCUCGCUCCUCCUCGCCACCCUGGGCGAAAUGCAGAAGAUCUCGGGCGCUGUCUUCUGGAACAGCAGCCUUCCUGACAGCGAGAUGGGAGAGGACUCCAGCCCGGAGCGGGAGCCUGGGGCCGACUCGGAUGUCAGGCGGAGAGGCCCCGUGGCCUACGCUUCCCAGAAGCCCUGGCUGCUCAAUGCGACAGUGGAGGAGAACAUCACCUUCGAGAGCCCCUUCAACAAACAGCGGUACAAGAUGGUCAUCGAGGCCUGCUCCCUGCAGCCGGACAUUGAUAUCCUGCCCCACGGAGACCAGACCCAGAUUGGGGAACGGGGCAUCAACCUGUCUGGUGGUCAGCGCCAGAGAAUCAGCGUGGCCCGAGCCCUCUACCAGCACACCAAUGUCGUCUUCUUGGAUGACCCUUUCUCGGCUCUGGAUGUGCACCUAAGCGACCACUUGAUGCAGGCCGGGAUCCUUGAGCUGCUCCGGGAUGAUAAGAGGACCGUGGUUCUCGUGACCCACAAGCUGCAGUACCUGCCACAUGCCGACUGGAUCAUCGCUAUGAAGGACGGGACCAUCCAGCGGGAGGGCACACUCAAGGACUUCCAGAGAUCUGAGUGCCAGCUCUUCGAGCACUGGAAGACCCUCAUGAACCGGCAGGACCAAGAGUUGGAGAAGGAGACUGUCACCGAGAGAAAAGUUACAGAGCCCCCGCAGGGCCUGCCCCGCGCCAUGUCCUCCAAGGAUGGCUUCCUGCUGGACGAGGAGGAGGAGGAAGAGGAGGCUGCGGAGAGCGAGGAGGAGGACAAUCUGUCGUCUGUGCUGCACCAGCGCGCCAAGAUCCCGUGGCGGGCCUGCGCCAAGUACCUGUCGUCGGCCGGCGUCCUGCUCCUAUCUCUGCUCGUCUUCUCGCAGCUACUCAAGCACAUGGUCCUGGUGGCGAUCGAUUACUGGCUGGCCAAGUGGACCGACAGCACCUUGACCCCGAUCCCUGGGCCGGUUGGGAACUGCUCCCUCAGCCAGGAGUGUGCUCUGGACCAGACUGUGUAUGCCAUGGUGUUUACGGUGCUCUGUGGACUGGGCAUCGUGCUCUGCUUAGUCACGUCUGUCACCGUGGAGUGGACCGGACUGAAGGUGGCCAAGAGGUUGCACCGAAGUCUGCUCAACCGGAUCAUCCUGGCUCCCAUGAGGUUCUUUGAGACCACGCCUCUGGGAAGCAUCCUGAACAGGUUCUCAUCUGACUGUAACACCAUCGACCAGCACAUCCCAUCCACACUGGAGUGCCUGAGCCGCUCAACCCUGCUCUGCGUCUCCGCGCUGGCCGUCAUCUCCUACGUCACCCCGGUGUUCCUCGUGACCCUCCUGCCCCUGGCUGUGGUGUGCUACUUCAUCCAGAAGUACUUCCGGGUGGCAUCCAGGGACCUGCAGCAGCUGGAUGAUGCCACCCAGCUUCCCCUGCUCUCGCACUUUGCCGAAACCGUGGAGGGUCUCACCACCAUCAGGGCCUUCAGAUACGAGGCCCGGUUCCAGCAGAAGCUCCUUGAAUACACAGACUCCAACAACAUCGCCUCGCUCUUCCUCACUGCAGCCAACAGAUGGCUAGAAGUCCGCAUGGAAUACAUCGGAGCAUGUGUGGUGCUCAUCGCGGCCGUGACCUCCAUCUCCAACUCCCUGCACAGGGAGCUGAGUGCCGGCCUGGUGGGCCUGGGCCUCACCUAUGCCCUCAUGGUCUCCAACUACCUCAACUGGAUGGUGCGGAACCUGGCAGACAUGGAGAUUCAGCUGGGGGCUGUGAAACGCAUCCACGGGCUCCUGAACACAGAGGCCGAGAGCUACGAGGGGCUGCUGGCACCAUCACUGAUCCCCAAGAACUGGCCAGACCAGGGCAAGAUCCAGAUCCAGAACCUGAGCGUGCGCUACGACAGCUCCCUGAAGCCGGUGCUGAAGCACGUCAAUGCCCUCAUCUCCCCAGGACAGAAGAUCGGGAUCUGCGGCCGCACGGGCAGCGGGAAGUCCUCCUUCUCACUCGCCUUCUUCCGCAUGGUGGACAUGUUCGAAGGCCGCAUCAUCAUCGAUGGCAUCGACAUCGCCAAGCUGCCCCUGCACACGCUGCGUUCGCGUCUGUCCAUCAUCCUACAGGACCCCGUUCUCUUCAGCGGCACCAUCCGCUUUAACCUGGACCCGGAGAAGAAGUGCUCGGACAGCACGCUGUGGGAGGCACUGGAGAUCGCGCAGCUCAAGCUGGUGGUCAAGGCACUGCCCGGAGGACUCGACGCCAUCAUCACUGAAGGCGGGGAGAAUUUCAGCCAAGGCCAGCGGCAGCUGUUCUGUCUGGCACGUGCCUUUGUGAGGAAGACCAGCAUCUUCAUCAUGGAUGAGGCCACAGCUUCCAUUGACAUGGCCACGGAGAACAUCUUGCAGAAGGUGGUGAUGACGGCCUUUGCCGACCGCACCGUGGUCACCAUAGCGCACCGAGUCCACACCAUCCUGAGUGCUGACCUGGUCAUCGUCCUGAAGCGCGGCGCCAUCCUUGAGUUCGAUGAGCCAGAGAAGCUGCUCAGCCGCAAGGACAGUGUCUUCGCCUCCUUCGUCCGCGCAGACAAGUGACUGUCAGAGCCCCAGGGACCUCCCCCCACCCACCCACUUCUGGUUUUCUAAUUGUAAAUCACUUGUAAAUAAAAAGAUUAUUUCCUA